CACCGUGAAACGAAUAAAUAUCUGGAACGUUCGAAGAGAAGGAAUAUUUACUUACGUGGACAAUAGAAGGGAAAAAGGAAGUACUGCGAUUAUUUUUUUGAAUUGUAGUUGGUGCUUGUGAUUUGAAGUGUAAAAAAAUGAGGUUUCUACAAGUGGCGUUUAUGCUGGUUCAUGCCUUGGUGGUGUCGAGGUUGGUCAUCGGAGCCGCGGUGGACAGGUUUGAGAGCGAGCGGCCACGGCAGCACACUGCUAUCAUCCAAUUGUUGGAUGUUUUGAGCGACAGAAGGAUGGAGAGUACCAAUGAUGUGGAGGGUCCGGUGUUGGCAGAUGAUGAAGAGGAUGAGAAUAACCUUGAUUACAGCUAUGAAGACGAAGAUGAGGAAGAAGCCUCAAGCGACUACGAGAUCGAAUUACCUCAAGUUGCCUUUUCGAGAAAACCUAAAGACCCCUCUGCCAUCUUGGAAGCUGAAAUGAGUGAAGGAAAGAGGAUGAAAGGAAAGGGAAAAAAGAAGUCUAAAGGAAGAGGGCUGAAAAGGAACCCUUGUUUGAAGAAGUAUAAGGACUUCUGUUUCCACGGGACCUGUCACUACCUGGCGGAAUUCAAAGCUCCAUCAUGCAUAUGUCACCCCAGUUACUCCGGGGAGCGCUGUCACGUGUACACGCAGGCUUCAGAAGGGAGGGACAUGGGGGGAUACAACCGGACCACGGCCCUGGCGGUGGUGGCUGUGGUGCUGUCGUCUCUGUGCCUCACCAUCAUAGGUCUGCUGUUGGCCCUCAGGUAUCACAAGCGAGGAGCGUACGAUGUAGAGAAUGAGGAGAAGGUGAAACUGGAUUCAGCGCCCAACCAUUGAAGAGCUGGAAAGGAUAUGGAAGUUCUACCUCAAAAUAGAAAAAGAAGAAGUGAAAAAAGCCAAGAGGGAACUCUGAGAGACUUGGAAUGAAUGGUAAAGAGAUGUGUAGGUGUAGAUAGGGCUUGGCACGGACACAUACAGCCCCAUCCCUUCUCACUGAUGCACAGAUGUGAUUGGGUAGCUCAGAAUUCCUCAGGAGGCUUUGCAAAGAAUCAGGAGAAAGCCUGCCUGAAACUGUAACUCUGAUUUGCUGGGAGAAAGGACUGGAGUGAUGAUGAAGGUAUGGAUACUGAGCGGUCAAGGAGGAUCAUUUCUGGACUAAGCACUGCUUUAAAAAAACAAGAAGUCAAGAAGAAUGUGUUGUAAAAUUAAUCAGACUAAAAGGACAUGAGAAAUCUAGACUUUCUUCAAAAGGAGUGUGGUUUUUACCAAUCAGCAUAUUUAUUUUCCUGCACAUGUUUCUCAUUGUCGUUUUGUAGUGUACAGUAAAACGUUUAUUUAUACCAUAUGCUUACCUUUUAAUUUAUUUAUUUAUGUGAUGUUGUUGUCUUUCUUGCUGUAUUUACUUCAUCCACCCAAAGAUGCACUGCCAGUUUGUAAAGGAAAUCUAUAAGGUCAUUGUUAUGUUUUUAUAUUUAAAUGUUAAAUUAUAUUUAUUGAUGAAAACUACGAUAAAAGGAAAUAAAAACAUUUACAGUGAUUUUCAAAAAGUACACAUUUCUGAAUAAAUGUCUGUUUUGUCUUAUAAGGACAACUGUUCCUGUCUUUGAUAUUGGCUGCCUGUGUACAGCCUACUGAUUGGUUAAACAUCUUUGUGGUUUACUGUACCAAUGUACCACUGACAGGUCUCUUUGUAUGUGCCUUUAUGACAUGGUGGCAUUGCUUUUCUGGUUUUGACUCUGUGAAGAACAUUAACAAAACAUCCACACAUGGAUUGAAUAUAACCUAUUCUACAAUUAUGUAUUAAAAUCAGGACAUGGAAUUGAUAAAAUAACAAACUCUGGUGUGUUGUCAAGUCCAGCCAUUUUAGCUUGUGUUGGAAGAUAGCAAAAUGAAUUAAUUGUCUAGUUUUGUAUUGGAGAAAGAAAUCUCAAAGAUAAUCUACAAUUGCAGUUCUUUAUGUUACCAUGCCAGUUAGAUGUGUUGUCUUGUAUUAACAUUGUGGUCAGUGUUAGGAAAUAAGACCCUACUCAGCUAUGUACUGUAAUUCAAAUGCUGAGAUGAAAUGUGAAUAAAUUUAAGUGUUCAGCAUUUUGCAAAAAAAAAAAAUAUUCUCAAGAAAUACAACCUGAAAAAUGCAUUUUUGAAGUGAUUCCUAUUCAAAAUAUUUUUUUUCUCUCAGAAAAGAAAUAAAGUUUUUUCCCUCAGAA